GCAAGAAACAGAUUUCAGCGCACCUAACGGCUAAAUAUUACAAACCAGUAUUACAGUAAUUCAAUUUAAAAAUUUACCAAAGAUUUCCCUAUUCUAGAUUUUUCUUUUUCAUUUUAAACUUAUCUUUGAAUUUAAUUAUCCCUGAGUAUUUUUAGAUUGUUGUAGCACUUACAUAGUCUUAUAAUUAAAAAAUUUCUUUUAGUUUUAUAUUAUUAAAAAUUUCUUUUAUCCAUCAAAAAACUUUUAUUAUUAAUCUUACUAAUGAUGGUUGUUUGAUAAUUAAACUAUGUAUAUUAAUUAACUAAAAACAGAAUAUGGAUGUUAAUUACAAGAAAAAAUAUUACACUGAUGUGAAAAAUGUAAAACAAUGGUUCUAUUCUACAAAAGAAAGAUGUGAUUCGUUAAAAUCUCAUAUGAAAUAUAUGAAAAUGUUAUAUCAUGAUAUGCCAAAAAUACAAGAAACUAAAAAGACUUCAUGUGAUCCAAAUUGGCAAAAUUGUAAAAUAAAGACUUCUAAUAAUGAUGAAACUAUAGUUUCCAGACAAGUGAAUUGUAAUAAUUCCUUGGAAAAGUAUUCUGAUACGUUAUACGAUAAGAUCCACAAGGAUAAACCUUUCAUAACUUCAAAUUUAGCCAAUAUUUUAUCAGAAAAUAAUCUGCAGAAGAAAGAAGAAGAAAAAGAAAAACAAAAGAACUUAAGUAAACAGAAAGUAACAGAAACUGAAUUAUCUUCGAUUACAUUUCAAACUUAUGCUAUUCCACAGAACACACAAUCAAAAUCGUUACUAUCCACUCAGAAAGAUAACAUGGCACAGUGUGAAGAACACAAUUACAAUUGGCAAUUCCCAUAUCAAAAGCAUCUAACAGAAUAUUCUACAGAAUUAAUAGGAAAUAAUGAAACUUUAACCAAAUCUUUUGAACAAUUAACUCUGGAUAAUCAAAAUAGCUAUUUACUUCAAGAAUCAUUUUCUGCAAAAGAUGAUAUUAAACUAAAUAUUUCUGGUAAUGUUAAAGAUGGAUCCGUGGAUAAAAGUAAAGUCUCUACAAAAAACGAAAAAAAAGAAAAAGCUAUUUCUUCAGCAUUAUCAAGCAAGAAAGGCUCCUUAUGUAAGCUAGAUGACAUUGUUCCAUUGAAGAUUAAAAGGCGAAGAAAAAAAAUACACUGUUCUAAUUCACGGAGUACUGUAACUACAAGAGAUACAAUUUUUUUAGGAAAGAAGGAUACAAAAAAACGAAAACAAAAAAAUAGUGUAAGUAAUCGUCAUACAUUCAAGUCUCAACAAACAUCUAAUGAUGUAGUGGAAAUUUAUCAUAAUGCAGCAGCAAAGAGUGGUAGCACAUCUGCUAUUCCUAGUAAACAUUCAAAACUUGAACAUCACAUGAACUAUAUUAACAUAUUAACAUCUUCAGCUAUGAAUAAACAACAAAACAUAUCCAUAAAACCAAAAUAUGAAGAUAAUAAUUAUCAAAAUGUUAGUGAUGUUAAUGUAAAUUGUCCCCAAAAUUAUUCUCAAAAGCAACAUCAAACUGGUCAGAAAACAGUAGGAAGGAUUACAAUUAAUAAUGAUCUAAGCAAUAAUUUGAAAAUUUCAACCAGUCCUGCAUGUACCAUGGAAAAGUACAAUUCAGAUCAGUGUCAACAUGCAAUUAUACAAGCAUCAUAUUGCGACCCAAUAGUUACUCAUAAUUACGAAAUGCCAACUUUAGCUUCUAAAUUAAAGAGAGCCAAUCGUUCAUAUUUUGGUAGAUUCAACUUUCAAAAUAUACCCUUUGUAGUGGGUACUUCUGUAACCCCAAGUCAUAAUUUAGGUUUAAAUAUACAGCAAGUUUUGAGCAUUAUGAAAACAAGGCAAAUUGCUGCAACAGGAGUGACACCUCUUCUUAUUCGUAAAAUUAGCAGAGGUAUGAAGCCUGCAUCUGUUCUCAUAGAACAGAUAAACAAUCAACAGAGUAAACUGUCUCAUAUAAAUUCCCAAAUGAAUAAUAUACAUAUACAGAAAGAAAACUUGUUUAUGAGUAAAGGUGAUCAUUUAUUAGAAAAUGAAAAUAUGUUUUUAAAAUAUGAUAGGAAAGGAGUAAGUAAUUUAAACGUAAAUUUAAAAUCAAAUAUUGAGCAAUAUCAGAAUUUACAAAAAGGAAUUAAUGGCAGUGUAAAUAAAUAUGGGAAUUUUCAUAAGAAAAAGGAUACUAGAUCAGAAAAUCAAUUGAAUACACUGAAUACAAUACUACAUGUAACAGACAAUAAAAUGUUGAAAUUGUUUGCUUCCCAACAAAAUGUAAACACGAAGAUGGAAAACCCAGAAAUGCAAUCCAAAAUAUAUCAGAACACAUUACAGGGCAAUAUUUGUGAUAAACACAUUUCUAAUACCUCAACAGUUAACCAUUCUCAAGAUUCUAAAGGAAUAAGAGAAGUUCUCAUUAACCUUCAUGAUCAGUUCGAGGAAAUGAACAUAAAAUAUGAAAGAUUACAAGCAAAAGCAAAAAAAUACAGUGAUAAAGAUUUAGAAGAAGAAAUAUUACAUUUAGAAAAAGAAUUAAGCAUUAAAGAAGACGAGAUAAAUGCUGUUGUUAACUUGUACAAAGAGGUGAUGUCACUAAAACAUCAAAUGAAAUUAUUACAAAAAAAGAACAGUUAUGUCUGUAUAUCAACUGAAAUUCCACUGGGAUCAGAUAAAUUGUAUGCAACUAUGCCAUUUACAUCAACUAAAUCUAAUUUUCAGCAAAGACUUUUUCACAAAAGGGGAAAUAGUGCUGUCACAAGGGAACCUAUUUCUCUUCGUCUAGCUGGCCUCUUACGGCAAAUUCAAACAUUUCAGAAGCAAUUGAAACUAACAUCAUGUAUUGUCAUAAAAAGUGGCCUGAAAUUUGAUAAAACAUGAUAAACACAUAUAAAGUAUAAUGCAAAUAAAAUUUGUAAUAUUUUUUCUUAAGUAAGCAAUUGUGUGGUCCCAAUAAGAGAUUUGUUUCUUAUCACUAUAAUGCUUAGAAGAUUAUUAAUCUAAACAUUAAAAUAUAAAAUAUGCACUAUAAAAGAAAUAUCAAGGAUUUUGUUAAGGUUAUUCAGUAUAACAAAAACAAUAUUUUUAGCAGAUCAUAUUUUUCUUUUAUUCAAUUCUACAUGCUACUUGUUAUAACGACUAAUAGAUUUGUUUAGUUUCGUAUAUUGAUAUACGCCCUUGCUUUUCAUCUAUACAUACCGUUUAUACGUAUAUACACAAUUUCAUGUUUUCAAACGCUGCAGAAUAAUUAAAAUUGUUGUUUAUUUAUUUUUUAUUUUUAUCUUUAAUAUUUAAAUACAUCGUCAAGAGCGAAUUAUUUUUACGAAAUAAAAAAGCAAUUUAUAUUUUUCGUAAACGAAAUUUCAAUCUAAUAGUGGCAAAAAUAUUUAUCUUGUAAGCGAUUAUACAAAAUCACACAUCAACAGAUAUGUCUCUUGUAUUUUAUGUACGAGAUCUAUUUCAGAAAACGUUAAUAGAAAAUGUUAUUUUGCUCGUGAAGCAGUAUCUUUUUUUUACUUUUAUCAUAAAAAUUAA